AUGAGCAGCUUUCUUGCGUCGCUUCUGACAGAAUUCGGUUUUCGUCCACGCCUCCCCCGCUCCACUCAACCCUCGGGCCAUGCGGAGUCCCAUCCAAGCGAACAAACAAUCUCGCCGGCGAUUGACGAAGAGUCCGUGACCAACAAAACUGGCGAAGACUGUGGUGCAUUCAACUCAACCGGCGGAAAUGCAGGGUCUUUGGAUUGCCCUCACUUCUAUACAACCCUAACAAAAGAGAUGGAUGGCCGAAACCCGGAGUUGGAGGGCGCUCGUCCAUCGCCCCAGAAUGGACAUUUCCCAAACCAACCCUUCCCGAUAGCCAUAAAUCAUUCAGUGGGCAUCAAUACCACUGCCAGUGUCAACGCAUUGCCGGUGAAUACAGAGGUUUUGCGGUCUCAAGAUAGCCCAACGACAAAUCAACGACAGGAAGAGAUACCAGGUGCCCUCCUCUCUUGGAAUCACAAUGGGACUGGACCACAAAGCAAUCCUGCCGUAGUUGAUGAGCUGGGUCAAAUAUCCUUGCCGGAGGAUGACGGAAUGGGCUGGCUGAGAAAGAAGAUUCAUGCCAUACGAAACCUGGAUCUCAACAACAAUGAGAAGGCACGCAUGGUCCAUGAUCUAAUGACAGAAAGCUACAACUCGUCUCGAAGAGCCCUAUCUUCCAAAUCACCUCUACCGGUGUCUCCAAUAUCAAACUCUCAAUUUUUGAACCAAUCGAAUAAUAGCCCAGCCACUCAGGAAACAAGCCCGUCUUCAGGUUCAAGCCCGACGAGCCCCACCUUAACAACGUUGAAUCCCCAGCACGAGGAUCAAUUUUCACUUACCUUGGAAGAUUUACAACCCACAUAUGCGUCAAGACCUGAGCCUGAAUCACCGGUUAUUGAGACUGUUGAUGAGGAUGCGGACACGGAGGAAUGCGAAGAGGCCUUAUUGGGCUGUCCGCAUUACAAGAGAAAUGUCAAACUUCAAUGUUUCACGUGCAAGAAAUGGUAUACCUGCCGGUUCUGUCAUGACAAAGCGGAGGAUCAUCAUCUCAUUCGUCGAGACACGGAGAAUAUGCUUUGUAUGCUUUGUGGACAUGCACAGCCAGCAGCACAACUUUGCAGACAGUGUGAUACUCAGACAGCCCAGUACUACUGCGAUAUUUGCAAGCUUUGGGAUAAUGAUAGCAAGAAAAGCAUAUAUCAUUGUCAUGACUGCGGAAUUUGCCGAAUUGGACAAGGGCUUGGAAAAGAUUUUUUUCAUUGCAAGACAUGCUGUGUUUGUCUGCCUAUAUCUAUUGAGGACACUCAUCGGUGUAUUGAAAGGUCUACCCAGUGCGAUUGUCCCAUUUGUGGUGACUACAUGUUCACCUCUCCGGAAACUGUGGUAGUAAUGCGAUGUGGCCACAGUAUUCACCACAAAUGCCUUUCGGAGUAUUCAAAGACCUCUUUUCGUUGCCCUAUUUGCAGCAAAACCAUCACAAACAUGGAGUCGACGUUCAGGAACCUCGAUCGCACUAUUGAAAGCCAGCCUAUGCCGGUUGAGUUCAAAGACACCAAGGGCCUAAUAUAUUGUAAUGACUGUGGUGCCAAAUCAGUUGUGAAGUACCAUUGGUUAGGCCUGAAAUGUGAUUUAUGCGAAUCUUAUAAUACCGCCCAGCUUCGUCUUCUACAAGGGGAUGUAUCCGAUAUACUCGAAGAAGAAGGCGUCGAUGAAAAUCAAGCUCGACCACGAUCUGCAUCAUUAAAUGUGAACGAAGAAUCCAUGGCUUCUCUCGCUACACUUCACCUCACUCCAAACCCAGCUCCUCGAUUAAGUGUCCCAACAUCUGCCGAGUCCGACAGGCGGACUGUAUCCUAUAAUAUGUCUCAUGGCCGCGCUAUUUCUCCUGUCGUGAGUAACUAUUUUGGUCUUCCCACCGAACGUGAAUCUGAGAAGUCGUCAUCCUUGCCAUUCUUUGGUAGUGCAUCCCGGGUAGACGGCGAUACUGAUUAUGGUGCGUUAAAUUUCCUGAGCAAAAAACUUCGCGAUCGAUAUGGAUUUCUUGCCGGCGAUGCGAAAAUUGCGGAGGGAACAUCGGAAGCCGAUGAGGAGGAAGAAGAAGAAGAAGAAGAAGAUGAUGAUGAUGAAAGGGAAUCAUCAAGCUCUUCUGACACAGAUGUGGACAAGGAUGAAGAGGACGAUGAAGAUGAUGGGGCUGAGUAUAUCGACAUUUUUGGUCAUCGAUGA